UUCUGUCUAAUGAGGGGAAGGAGAAACUAAUAAACAAUAAUAAGAGUUAGUUAGACAUAUUUCGUUCAAUUUUUGUGGUAUUUUUAGCAAAGAAUGCAAAAUUCCGUAUCCGAUCGUGCCUGAUAUUGCACUGAAAGUGUUUCCGCUAGUUAGAUUUCCAAAUAGUUACAGAAUUAGUGGAAAAUUUUUCUCGCCGCAUUAUGACAUCAACAAAGAAUGGAUUUUGCAUCGGCAGUAAGUGAUAAUGGCCGCGAGAGUCAUUAGCUGAAUGGAUUGUCUGAUCGCGAAAAGGAAAUAAAUACCGCUUAUAAAUGAUGCGGUUAAAGCAAGGUAUUAAGAUGUCCGCCAUUCUGGACCAGGGAACGAAACGUUGCCGGCGGUCCGAUAUCAAGCAGGAAGAGUGUCCCAAAAAGAAAAAGUUGGACCUCUGGAAAAAGAUAAUCGCGAUACUCAAGAAGGUUGAUUCAAAGCGGACUAUAGAAGAUGAGAGAUUGUUAGUCAUUCAUAAAAGCUUGGUCAAGCAGAUUCAAGAACGGAGGAAACGCCGAGUACAAUACAAAGAACGGAUGCUAGAGACGGAGGAUGACCCGGGAGAGAUUGAAGGAAAGGCCUUGAAAUUGGCACAGGCUAUAGCAAAAUCACAACAUUUGGUUGUUUAUACGGGAGCUGGAAUCAGCACUUCGGCUAAAAUACCGGACUACCGUGGAAGCCAAGGAAUUUGGACGUUGUUGGCACAGGGAAAGGACAUCGGAGAAUAUGAUUUGUCACUAGCUGAUCCAACGUAUACGCAUAUGGCGCUGUUCGAGUUGCACCGAAGGGGAGUAUUGAAACAUGUCGUUUCCCAGAACUGUGAUGGAUUACACUUGAGAUCGGGAUUGCCAAGAUUCUCCCUAUCGGAAGUACAUGGAAAUAUGUACGUGGAGGUGUGCAAGAGCUGCAAACCAAACGUAGAAUACUGGCGCUUGUUUGAUACUACCCAAUUGACGAAUAGAUACCAACACAAAACGAAUAGACGCUGUAGGAAGUGUGGAAAGCCACUGGUCGAUACGAUUGUGCAUUUUGGUGAGCGAGGACAACUGAAAUGGCCGCUUAACUGGGGUGGAGCUACUUCACAUACAGAAAAGACCGAUGCUAUUCUUUGUUUAGGGUCUAGCUUAAAAGUACUGCGAAAGUACACCUGGCUGUGGGCUACGGAUAGACCGAUGAAAAAACGUCCGAAAGUUUUUAUAAUUAAUCUCCAAUGGACUCCAAAAGAUAAAGUUUCAUCCAUCAAAAUCAACGGAAAAUGUGAUGAAGUAAUGAGACUGGUAAUGAAGCAUUUAAACAUUGACGUUCCCGAAUACAACCGUCUGCAGGAUCCAAUAUUUGCUCACGCAACCUUGUUGCUGCCGGAAGAGCAGCAUACGGCUUCUCAACCGAUGCUGAAGAAUGCGCACAAAGAGGAAGCCGAAGGAUGCACUUCCAAUGGAGUUAACAUUAAGACAGAACUCAAAACGGAAGAUUCGGAUGUGAAAACUGAACAAGCUCAUCAGCAGAUUCCAUUACUCAUCAGUCAGCAAUCUUUUCUAACUCCUCAGCAAAUGUACAUAAACAAUCUUCUAAUGCAGCAACAAAUCAGCUAUAAUCUACUUUUGAAUGCCGCCCAAUUGCAGAUAAAAAACGAAACGCAAUCCAACAACACUUCUCCCUCUGCUGUCAAACUGCCACCGCAAUGCGCAGUCCCUCCCCUUGUACCAUGCUCGUCCAACGGGUUUCGACCGACUAGUCCCCCGGCUGCAAGAUUAAUUAUCCCUAAUAUAGCCAACAAACAAUCUCCUUCUUCGGUGAAUGUGAUUAAAAUUGAUACCACAUCAAGUCUGUUUGGAAACCUACGAAACAUGUUGAACACCAUUGACCAGAAUCCAUCUAACACCGGCUUAAACCAGCCACAGGAAGCAAAAAAAUCACCAUUAAACAAAAUACACAUCGUCAUGCAGCCUGUUCUCCCAGCUGCUGCCGAUGUUCCCAAACUGGUACCGUUGAAAUGUGUGACAAAGGGCAGUCCUCCGAAUAUCGAACCAACGCAUCAGUCGAAAAUUAUUUCCAACAUUGUUGACAAAACAGUUGGUACCGAGAGACCAGAGGUCUUUGAUGAUCCGGUUAAAGUAAGCGAGAAUUUACCGGAAUGCAUUCUACAGGAGGAUUCUAGUGGUAAAUGCAAGUCAUCUAAUUUAGUAGCACGUCCCGGUGAAAAUUCAGCGAAAUCUGAAAACGAAAUGAACAAACAGUGUGCCGGUUCGAUUACAACGCGGCCUUCAAAUUCAAAUGAUACAAGCAGCUCUUCCGAAACUUAUCCCGAUUCGACCGAUGACGGGAGUUUAGAUUCGAAUGUUGAACCUACCAGAACGGUAGCAACUGCAAAAAGUGCUAUAUUACGGGACGUUCAGGGUCCUCGCGUAUUAGGUGGUGUAGAUUCGAAAGGCACUGUUGCGGCGGAAAAGGUGGAACAACAACGAUCUACGGUUGUAAAUUCUCCAGAUUCUGCCCCUAGCAGCGCAGAGACAGGAAUAGGAGUAGAUAAAGAUCCCGCAAUUGAGCCAACACCACCACCAAAACCAGCCACUCAGCCGCAGCCACCGAAUACUGUGAAGGUUAUCCUCAGCCACAGCUCAGUGUUUCAUUUGUACGAAAGCGCUCCCAAAUCCGUGGAUGGUUGUCCUCCAGCGCUAACGCUUAUCAGUCCGUUAAAAUUCCAACUGCCAAUGUCGCUACAGCAUCCAGGUACUGUAACUACGGCCACUGCAGCUCAGCCCCUGGUAAUUGGAAACGUUCCAACAAAGAUUCUUGGCAACAGCAACAGCAAAAAUGUCGUGUCUCCUCCUAUCCUCAACCAACCUGACCGCAAGCUUCUAGCUGCGAGCAGAAUAAUUUUGGGUGGUCAGCAGCCCAUUCAACCCCGACUGUUGAUACCUCAAACUGCUUGUAUGAAAAACUUGCGACUACCAAUGACUACACAAGCCGCACCGUUGCGACCAAGUCUUAGUUGCGCAAAGCCCGAUAUUCCUGGUAAGAAAGAACAAGAAAGCAUUCGAACGGGAACUGUUAAUAUCCCGAAGACGCCCAGUUCAUUACCAGUUUCAAACGGUAUUCAUUGGCGGGCUCCGCUAGUCACGAACGGCACUGCAUCCCCGCCACAUUUACUGAUCAAUGGAAUGCCAGCAAUCAUUUCUUCUAAUGUAACCAAUAACGCCCCAAAAGCGAUCCCAGUAAAUCCCGCUCAACGGUUUCCGAUAGCGUACGUGCUUAACAAAGGGAAUCAGGGUGGUAAUAUUGUUCUACUAACCGCCCCGCCACUACCAAUUAGCCCAACCAAGGUGUUGGCCCCUAACGUUCCUUCUGUGGUACCGGCAUUCAAAACACCGACAAAAUUCCCUCUGACUGCUUCGAUCCAACCAUCGAAAGAAAAAACAGCGGUUGAAACGUCUCAAUCAAUGACUGAACAAGCUACAAGUGAUUCGACUAAAUUGGACGAAUGUUCAGACAAUGCAUCGAAUAAAAGUCCAAAUCGGUCGAAUGAUAUCGUCUCACAAACUUCAACACCAGAAAUAACACCCGAAAAACAUGACGAAGCGCGUGCUCACCCUACCCCUGAGUCAACUUCCGAGGAUCAGCCCUCGCCAUCACCAGGCCGAACACGAAGCUUUCGUAUUCGAAAGAAGACUGAUUUUCUCAAUAUCAAACACCCGGAGAAGAAGAAACCACGGAAGGACGCAACGCCGACGACUCCAAAGAAAGAUUCUUCCAAUGCAGAACCACUAACUCCCCCAAAAUCAAUAGAGACCCCGAUUGCUGUCUCAGUUCCACCUUCGCUUCAGACAUUUGUCGUAUCGCCAAGUAGUGCUCAGUUGCUUAAAACGCCACCAACCACUCCGGUUACAACGACCUCCGGCAUGCCGGUCAGAAGUUUCUUGACUUUCACCCCACCCGGUAGCUACAUUCAGCAAUUCAUCACACCGCUACAAGCCGGUGGAGCUGAAUCCGCUCAGGACAAAGUGAAACGCAUCCUCAGCUACUGCAAGGUGCUACAAGCGCCGUGUGCUGCAACACUGCCCCAGUGGUACGACGUGAACUACGCGUAUUCUGGUCUCCAUAGUAUUAUUCAUCCUCCCCCACCGAACGUGAACCUUUGGGAUGGAGGAGGAUCUCCGAUCAAGCGCGAACUGCAGAUAGAGUGUAAAUUCUGCUUCGAAAACUACCGACAGAUCGGCUGCCAGUUCUACGCCCCGCAACCGGCUGAGUUUGUAGUAAAAUCCAAUCGCCGUGGUAAGGUUGUGAUCUGCGAGUGCUGCGACUUUUCGGACGAAGAAACAGUAGAGCCUGAUUCUGGUAGCACGGAAACCGAAUCAAAAGCGCCAAACAGCGCGCUGCAGGACGUGAAGUUGGAAAGCGACCCCGUCCCUUCGACGUCUAAGAAUGAGAUUAAAAGUGAACCGGAGUCGGAUAGUGGGGAUGAUAAAACGGUAUUGGAAAAGCAGCCCGUGAUAACGGACAAAUCGGAAGAGCACGAUAAAAGACCUAAAUUCGAUGACGAAAAGCUGGGGUUGGCGUGUAAGGAAAAUACCAGUGUCGGGAUGGUUAAAAAGUGUCGUACGAAACCCGGUUGGUACGGUAAGGGGUAUGGUAAGUUGAGAAAAAAGAAAAAACGGCUAGGGUAAGAUCGAGCUAUCCGGGAAUGUGAUGCAACAGGUCUUCAGGCCAUUCGGACAUUUCGGUCUAUUAGAAAGACAAGGCAGCUGCUGAUAUUUCGAACAAGCCAAACAUCCAAGAUACUUUUGCAUAUUCAUUGCAAACUUCUAUUUGCAAACCAAAGGUUCAGAUUGAAGAAUUGAUGCAUCAUCACAUUGGAAACAUGUGUCCAUUUCAAUAUUUUUGUUUGAUCUCGGUAGUUGUCCAGGAUCGUGUAGAACACUCCUAUUUAAUUUCAGCAUACAUUUUCUUCGCAUAAUUACGUUGGAACGACAACAAAUAUUACUUUAACGGCUUUUUUUGCUAAGUUAAAAUUAAGAUGAAACGAAUCGAUAAAAUUGUAAUAGUGUUAACGCAUUGCAAAAGCUGUGUGGGUGUGUUAGAAGUCAUUCUGCAGUAGCAGAACUUGAGAGUUUUGUACAUUUGACUACAUACUGUUAAGAUACUAAGUGCUAAGUUUGAAAUCGCAUUUUCUAGAGUUAAUACUAGUAGUAACAAAUAA